AGCUUCGGGUAGCCAAGCACCGCCAAUAGGUGGGAGAAGGAAAAGGUUCAGUUUAAGCCCUCAAUUUGAAAAUUGAAAUCGAAAGUGACAGGGGUUUUGAGGGUUGGAAAUUAUGGACAUGGAUGUUGAUGAACCAACCAAAGGCGAACAAGAAAAGCAAGGAAAGCCCAUAAUCGUAGUAUUGAUGGGUGCACCCGGUAGCGGCAAGUCCACAUUCUGCGAACAAGUCAUGGGCUCCUCUGUUCGUCCCUGGGUUCGGAUCUGCCAGGAUACUAUCAAAAAUGGGAAAGCCGGAACGAAAGCUCAGUGUAUAGAGAGUGCGAGGAGUGCAUUGCGGGAAGGAAAGAGUGUGUUUAUAGAUAGAUGCAAUCUGGAGAAAGAGCAAAGAUAUGAGUUUGUGGAGCUUGGUGGUCCUCAAGUGGAUGUUCAUGCUGUGGUGCUUGAUCUUCCUGCUAAGCUUUGUAUAUCGCGGUCGGUGAAGCGAACGGGACAUGAGGGGAACUUGCAAGGCGGAAAAGCUGCGGCUGUUGUGAAUAGAAUGCUGCAGAAGAAAGAAUUGCCGAAUCUGAGCGAAGGGUUUGGUAGGAUCACUUUUUGCCAGAAUGAGAGUGAUGUUGAAUCUGCCAUUCGUACAUAUAGUGGACUCGGUCCGUUGGAUACACUUCCUCAUGGGACUUUUGGCCAGAAGAGCCCGGGUGCAAAAGUUCAACUUGGUAUAAUGAAAUUCCUAAAGAAAACAGAUGCUCCUACUAAUACUGGAUCGACUUCGAACAAGGUUCAGGAUUCUAAUGCUUCUCAAAUUACCGGGGGAAAGGAUACCAGUGUGAAAGGAACAGGUUUCUUUAUUGAAAGUGGUAGUAUGGAGUCCAAGAAAGGUGAACGGCCUGUUGUAGAUUCUGCUGGCACUGAUGUCUCUCUCGACAAUGCUCCCACCCUGGCAUUUCCAUCUAUUUCCACAGCAGAUUUUCAGUUUGACCUUGAGAAGGCAUCUGACAUUAUUGUAGAGAAAGUUGCAGAAUUUGUAAAUAAACUUGGAAAUGCAAGACUUGUUUUAGUGGACUUGACUCAUAAAUCGAAGAUUUUGUCCUUGGUGAGGGCUAAAGCUUCACAGAAAAACAUUGAUUCCAAGAGGUUCUUCACAUUUGUAGGAGAUAUCACUAAGCUUCAUUCAGAAGGAGGUCUUUGCUGCAAUGUGAUAGCUAAUGCUGCUAACUGGCGACUUAAACCAGGAGGUGGUGGUGUCAAUGCUGCAAUCUUCAAUGCUGGAGGUCCAGCUUUAGAGGUUGCAACCAAAGAACAAGCCAAAUCUCUGUAUCCUGGGAAUGCUGUGGUUGUUCCUCUCCCUUCAACUUCUCCUUUGUUUUGUAGGGAAGGGGUAACCCAUGUCAUACAUGUUCUUGGACCCAAUAUGAACCCACAGAGACCAAAUUAUCUUGACAAUGACUAUAGCAAAGGCUGCAAAAUUCUCCAUGACACUUAUACUUCACUUUUCGAAAGUUUUGCAUCAAUAGUGAGGACCCAAAAGAAGGUAUUUAAGGGAAGCUUUGGAAACCUUCGGUUGAAGCUGCCAGAGUCAAAAGAUCACUCUGAGAGUGGGCCUACAAAUCACUCUACAAAUACCUAUCAAAAGAUCAAGAGAGAGGAUCUUCAUGAAUCUGAAAGGAACAAACGGAGUAAAGGAGAUCAAGCUGAAGCUGAAAACGUCUCUGAUUCUAAUGCUAGUAAAUCAAACCUCCACUCUGAUGGAAGCAAGAAUAAAUCCUGGGGAACAUGGGCCCAGGCUGUCUACAACAUUGCCAUGCAUCCAGAGAAGCAGAGGGACGUAGUACUAGAGAUAUCAGAUGAUGUCGUUGUACUAAAUGAUCUUUAUCCAAAGGCACAAAAGCAUCUCCUGGUGGUAGCGCGACAUCCUGGUCUUGAUCGCUUGGCAGAUGUAUGCAAAGAACACAUUCAGUUGCUAAGGACAAUGCAUGCGGUUGGUUUGAAGUGGGCUGAAAAGUUCUUACAUGAUGAUUCAACAUUGGUCUUUCGUCUUGGAUAUCACUCGGAACCAUCAAUGCGACAGCUGCACCUACAUGUAAUCAGCCAGGAUUUUAAUUCAGCACAUUUGAAGAACAAGAAACAUUGGAAUUCCUUUAAUACUGCUUUCUUUCGAGACUCUGUGGAUGUGCUAGAGGAACUCAGUAGUGACGGAAAGGCAAUACUGAAUGAUGAUGAAAGCCUGAUGUCUAUGGAGUUACGAUGUAAUCGAUGUAGAAGUGCUCACCCCACCAUUCCCAAAUUGAAAUUGCACAUUGGCAGAUGUCAAGCCUACUUCCCAAGCACCCUGUUUGACAAUGGUCGGCUGGUAACUGCACCAAGCAAUUCUAGCAAUGAUCCAUAGUUGUGCAAUGGAUCCUGUUGUGUACAAGCCAGAGUGUCCGACUGAAAUUUUGUUGCAUGUAAAUAUGAACUAGAUGAUUUUUGAUGGUCCAA